UAGUGUAGCGCACAAAAAUGUUACAUCCCUGUUAAAAUCAACUUAAUGUGCGGCAUAUCAAAAAGGUGAUUACAUUCUAUGAUGAUUGAACAGGUGCGCUACGUGCUAGGGACUAUAAAAGGCCAUUCUAUUAAAAAAAAAGUCAUACAAAACAAUGACACAGACGUCUUAAGCUUUAAGGCAUUUAGAAUGCAGGAAUUUCCACCAGAGCUGCUACCAUAGAUGUUAAUUUCUCUAAGGCGCAUCCAACGUCUUUUUUAGAGAAAUUGACAGUACAACUGUACAACAGUCCAAGCAGACUAGGUGUUGCCACAUUUGCUUUCUGCCACCUUUGUCCCCUCGUGUGUCGGCAUGAUAAUCCGCAGCUCCAUGUUGCAACGAUCUGUACACAACUCCUAGAAGAUGAAAAUGUCCCACUUCUUCCACGUCAGCCGCAGUGUUUGGGAUGCUCUGAAUUGAAGCCUAUCCCAGACGUCCCAGGCGGCUCUUCUGCCUUAAUAAGGGCGAUGUCAUCCACUGAGACCGGAACAAGCGUUCCGAAACUUCAUCGCCUCUUUAUCAAAUUUGACCCCGAGGCUACAGGGGUGGUGGCGAUUCUCCUAGGAGUGUUCCAGGUGUUGUUGGCGGUCCCUCUUUACUACAUGGACAUCAGCUUACCCAAAGCACAAUUUUUACUUCCAUUAUUUAUAGGCAUCCUGUUUGUGAUGGCAGGAUCGUUCGCCGUUGCCUGUGAGAAGACUCCCAGCAGACAUCUGCUGACAGGCUGUGCCUACACUAAUGUGGCGAGCCUGCUGGCGGGGCUAUUGGCUCUGUGUAUAUAUAGUGUCUCUCUGAAUAAUGUUCAGGCUUCUGCAGAAUCUUGCACUCUGUACAAAGCUGAGUCACUGGAUGAUAAAUGCCCUGGAGAGUUCUUGGAGGAUUUCUUCAGGAGUAUCACAGCCCUGCUUAUUGUUUAUGACCUGGGAGCCCUAAUCCUCCACACUCUUCUCUCAUUUUCUGCAUUGAAAGGCCUGAGAGUAGGGCUGUGCCGAAUUAUCAAUUAAUGAAACCAAUGAACCAGUUGAUAAUAUUUGAACAUUCCUGUUGGUCACCCUUCCUUUAAAUUUUUCAACUUUUUAUGUUUGUUCUUUUUUUAAGUUUAUUUGUGCCUUUCAAGCUUUAUAGGAUCAGUUAAUAUUUUUUCUAGAAACCUAUUAAACUAAUUUGCAUAAA